UAAACUACUCGAAAGUUACCUAUCGAUCGGCAACACUAUUCUUGUCAUUUAGUAUUUUUUUGCUUUUUGGUUUUAUUUUGUUCAUGUUGUGGUACAAUGGAGAUAUUGAAUUUCACGACGAAAACCUGAAAGGAAAGAUAGGUUUAAAACAAACAAGCUUAUUGCAGAUGCUGAAGGUAAUAAUCACCGGCGGUCCCAAACGAUUUCUUUAAUGGACAGCGAAGAAAAUAAUGAGGUGGAGGAGAUGGAAAUGGAGGUCGUCAAAACUAAAGUUAAGCGCAAGGAAAAGAAAGGGUAUCCAUGUCCUCACGAAGGCUGCAAAGCUGCGUUCAGCCGACCGUAUCGGCUGUCAGAACAUCUGUUCGUACACUUCAACUAUAAAGCUUACCGAUGCACAGAACCUGCCUGCGACAAAUCUUAUACAAACAGAAGCCAUUUAACCCGUCAUAUAAAUACAGCCCAUAGAUCUGUUCCAGCUCAACCCAGAACAACAUUCAGUUGUCCUUCGUGCAUCAAAUCAUUCUCCAAUUCCCAGAAUUUGAAGCGCCAUGUCAAAGAAUAUCAUUCACCUGAUAGUACACGGAGCCCUAUGUUAAGUUGUGAUCAUUGUAAAGCGGAGUUUAGAACAAGAAACCUACUUUGUGCCCAUAUGUUCAUUCACAGUGGCAUAAAAUCCUUUCGUUGUGAUUGUUGUUCAAAAGAAUUUGUGAGCCAUAAUGAAAAGAGAAAACACAUGAGAGCACACAAAACUUAUGAGUGCCCCGAUUGUCCCAUGAAGUUUAAUCUCUAUGCUAAAUUUCUGGAGCAUAAACAAAACAAUCACAAGAGGGAAGAAUACAAAUGUGAGGAGUGUGGAAUGACCUUCAAACAGAGAUGCUACCUUCUACGACAUAUCAGAACCCAUGUCUGUACAAAAGUUUUUCAUUGUCCAUAUGAGGGUUGUCAGAGGUACUAUACUAGAAAUAGUAACUUGAAGCAACACAUUAUGGUGCGACAUUUGAACUUCACAUAUAACUGUACCAUUUGCCCUGCCCAACUGUCAACUAAGGCUAAGUUGGAUUAUCACAUGAAUCUACAUAAUGGGCCUAAAAAGGAGAAACCACCACCAAAAACAAAGGCCACUGGAAGGAAGCCAAGAUUCGACAAAGGAGAGGCCAAAUCUUCCACAGCCCUCAAAAUUUCUGGACUUCCAGAAGCAUUAGUUGAAGUCUGCAUGGAUUAAUUUCCGCCUAUUAAUUUAUUUUAAAGUUAAGCAAUUGUAAUCUAAAAUAUAUGUUUAGCCGAA